AUGGAGAAUCAAACGAGAGUGACGGAGUUCAUCCUGGUAGGCUUCACAGACAAUCACUGGCUGCAGAUCCUGCUCUUCUUUUCCCUCCUCUUCACCUACCUUUUGACGGUGUUGGGAAACCUUCUCAUCAUUGUCAUCACCCUACUGGAUCAGCGUCUCCAGACCCCCAUGUAUUUCCUCCUCAGGAACUUCUCUCUCUUGGAGAUCACCUUAACCUCCAUCUCUGUUCCAAAGGUCUUGUUCAGCCUGGCAUCAGGCAGCAAGACCAUUUCUGUGCCCGGCUGUUUUGCCCAAUGCUUUCUUUACGUCAUCACUGGCACUGCUGAGUUCUUCAUGCUGGCAGCCAUGUCCUUUGAUAGGUAUGUGGCCAUCUGCAAGCCGCUCCACUACCCUUCCAUCAUGAACAAUCAGCUGUGCACACAGUUAGUGCUGGGCUCCUGGGUGAUCAGUGUUCUCUAUGUGAGCACCCCAUUUGUGAUGUUUUUCCAGUUGCCCUUCUGUGGCCCAAACAUCAUUGACCAUUUCUUCUGUGACAGUGUGCCAGUGAUUAAACUGGCCUGCAUAGACACCCAGUACCUUCAACUAUUGUCUGUCAUUUUGGCCACAGGCAGCGUGCUGGGUACUUUUAUCAUCACCAUCAUCUCUUACAUCAAUAUCAUCUCCACUGUGAUGCAUAUCCCCUCAGUCUCUGGAAGGCAGAAAGCCUUCUCCACCUGUGUCUCCCACCUCACCGUGGUCUUCAUCUUCUAUGGAAGCUGCAUCUUCAUGUAUGUGACACCAUCGGGUAGCAGCAAGGGAAACUUUGGUAAGACAGUGGCACUUCUCAAUAAUGUGGUGUCCCCUUUGCUCAGCCCCUUCAUCUACAGCCUGAGGAACAAACAGGUCAAAGAUGCCUUGAGAGAUGCUAUCAGCCGGAAUGGGAUAUUCUGUAAGAAACCAAAACUGUGA